CACCUCCGUCCCCGCUGUCAGCUGUGACUCUGCUCGGUCAUCUCCUCCGGAUCUCCGCACUGACACCACACCGCGUCAGAGCAGCUAAAACCCGGGGAACCUCCGCCUGAAACACCGUCCAACACAUCCAACAUGGCGCUCAGCAGUGACCCGAACUACAAGAAGCUGGAGCAGUGGUACAAGACGAACGCGGGAAAGCUGAACAUGAGGGACAUGUUCGAGUCCGACCAGGACCGGUUCAGCAAGUUCAGCACCACUCUGCAGAUGGACGAUGGAGAAAUCCUGAUCGAUUACUCCAAGAACCUGAUCAACCAGGAGGUCAUGGACAUGCUCCUCGCCAUGGCUAGGUCCCGUGGCGUUGAGGAGGCCAGAGAGAAGAUGUUCUCUGGAGAAAAAAUCAACUUCACUGAGGGUCGUGCAGUGCUCCACAUCGCUCUGCGUAACCGCUCCAACAGGCCGAUCAUGGUGGAUGGAAAAGACGUGAUGCCAGAGGUGAACCGAGUAUUGGACAAGAUGAAGGCAUUCUGUCAGAGGGUCCGUAGUGGCGAGUGGAAAGGUUACAGCGGUAAAUCCAUCACUGAUGUGGUCAACAUUGGAAUAGGAGGCUCUGACCUGGGUCCUCUGAUGGUCACCGAGGCGCUGAAGUCAUACUCUGCUGGCGGUCCAGCUGUCUGGUUCGUCUCGAAUAUCGAUGGGACUCACAUCGCUAAAACUCUGGCCCAGCUGAACCCAGAGACCACGCUGUUCAUCAUCGCCUCCAAGACGUUCACCACGCAGGAAACCAUCACUAACGCAGAGUCAGCCAAAGAUUGGUUCCUGAAGAGCGCCAAUGACAGAUCUGCUGUCGCCAAACACUUCGUGGCUCUGUCCACCAACGCGGCCAAAGUCCAGGAUUUCGGCAUUGACCCCGCUAACAUGUUCGAGUUCUGGGAUUGGGUUGGAGGUCGUUACUCUCUCUGGUCAGCCAUCGGUUUGUCCAUCGCUCUGCAUGUAGGUUUUGAAAACUUUGAGCAGCUUCUGUCUGGAGCUCACUGGAUGGACAAUCAUUUCCAAAGCACCCUCCUUGACCAGAAUGUUCCAGUUCUCCUCGCUGUUCUCGGUGUCUGGUACAUCAACUUCUUCCAGGCUGAGACUCAUGCCAUGCUGCCCUAUGACCAGUACAUGCACCGCUUCGCUGCCUAUUUCCAGCAGGGAGACAUGGAGUCCAACGGGAAGUACAUCACUAAAGACGGAAAACGAGUCGACUAUCACACAGGACCAAUCGUGUGGGGUGAACCAGGGACCAACGGACAACACGCCUUCUACCAGCUGAUACACCAGGGAACUCGGAUGAUUCCUGCUGACUUCCUCAUUCCUGCCCAGUCUCAGCAUCCAAUCAGAAACAACCUCCACCACAAGAUCCUGGUGGCGAACUUCCUGGCUCAGACUGAGGCUCUGAUGAAAGGGAAAACUCCUGACGAGGCUCGGAGAGAGCUGGAGGCGGCCGGUCUGCAGGGAGAUGCUCUGGAGAAGCUGCUGCCUCAUAAAGUGUUUGAAGGAAAUAAGCCGAGUAACUCGAUCGUCUUUAAGAAGCUGACCCCGUUCAUGCUGGGAGCUCUGGUCGCCAUGUACGAACACAAGAUCUUUGUGCAGGGCAUCAUGUGGGACAUCAACAGCUACGACCAGUGGGGAGUGGAGUUGGGCAAACAGCUGGCGAAGAAGAUUGAGCCAGAACUGAAAGACGACUCAGAGGUCACAUCUCACGACUCAUCCACAAAUGGACUCAUCAACUUUCUGAAGAAGAACUUCGCUUGAGCCCCCCCCCCCCAGCUCUGUACCCCUCUCUGAUUGGCUGAAGCUCUGUACCCCUUUCUGAUUGGCUGAAGUUCUGUCCUUCUCUCUGAUUGGCUGAGGCUCUGUGUCAGUCUGAUUGUGCACUUCCUAUUUGUUGAUGUGAGACGUCACAUGUAGCGUGUAAACUUGAAAAGGGAGAUUAUAAAGAGAAAAUAAAUAUGUGCAGAUGUUACUGUAGGUGACGACGUAGUCAGCACUGCCUUUCAAAAUAAAGCCCUGUUGUCACUGCA